UGUAAUUCUUUAACGUUACUUCCGUUUACUCGAGAGCGUUUGGUCACCUUGGCAACCGUAACACAUCCACACAUGACUGGUAAGGUUACCUAUUAACGGUUAACCUGUUGCUAGAACAGCAAGCUUGCUAACUAUUAUGACUGAAGAACUAGACGAAGAGGUUUUAGACAGUUUUGCAGAACUCGACAAACUUUAUACAGUAUUUGAUGGAGCGUCGCAAGAAGAUGUGGCAUAUGCAAAGGUUUUCUGGAGCUCUCUCUCCCUGCAACCGCCGAUAGAGUCUCGACUCGUCUCUGCGGACAUCAGGCAGCGGCUGAGAGCUGCGAAGACACCGCACUCCACACGUGCUACCACAAAUAAAGCGUCGUUGUCUAAGAGGGAUGAUGAAAUCCAGCAGGAUGUUUACUUGAAGCAAAAGCAGGAGGAGCGGCAGAAAUACAUUGAGAUGGCCAAGAAACGAGAGCAGAUUAUUGCACUUCUGAAAAAGCAGAGGGAUGAGCGAAUUAAGAAGGAGAUGAUUUCCGACCAAAACAAAACAAGAAAAGGAAACCUGGUGGAUAAAAGAUUGGCUUCAAAACCCCUUUCAUCGUCUGUGGAUGAGGACAAGAAAGAAGUUCAGAAGCUCCAGUAAACAUAUUGAUGAUAUUAAAUAACAAAAUAUGCAAUUUAAGCAUAGUAAACAGAGCAAUGUAUAGGAUGUUUACUUAUAAUUCAGCUUUACUAUAUGUGUUUAUCAUAUGUUUAUAAAAAUCGUCGGUUUGACUUCAAAUAUUAAGACGC